AUGGAUCCCUUUACAAAAUUGCCAGCGGAAAUUAUUUUGAUGAUUCUUGAAUCCUGCUACGACUUCACCAGCUUAGAUGGCCUGCAACAAAUAUCUCCCCGAGUGGAGCAAGUGUUCAACACCUCGUAUACGACUGUCACGGAACACGUCCUGAAGAACUGUAGCCUAACUUCGGAGGUGCUUCAGAAUCAUUUCACGCUCCUAGCCUCUAUCGAAUCUACAACAUUCACCCCCGCGGCCUUGCUAGAACAGCUUGAUUACCUAUCGGGGGAUGUCGUACAACCUGUUUCCAUUUCCACCAUCAAAUCACUAGCUGCGGUACGCCAGGCUGUGAGUGCAGCAGCAAAAGUUCACCUUACAGCCUGCGCUUGUCUUCAGCAUAUAUUCAAUCGUCUCCAAUCCGCAAAGCCCCGCCGUCCAAUCGCUCCUACCGCCGACAUUGUAAGAUGGGUGAAUGGAAGUUGGUUGCAUGAAAGGAAUCCAGAACCCAAGGGUGAAAUAUUCCAAUUUGUGGUCGAUCCGCCAUCAUGGAUCGAGACUCAUCGGGCGCAUCGCGGCCUCUGGAAUCUAGAGCUCUUCUGCCAUAUCUAUAAUGCCGCAUCAACACGCUGGUCAUGGUCUACGCAUGAUCUGGAUUGCUUCGCUGAAGAAUAUGUGAAACCAGGAUUGCUAGAAGAAAUUCGGACGAUGUCAGAGUGUGUGAGUGAUCUAUGUCCCACUCAGCCAACUAUUCUCAAUCCUCGAUUUCCGUUCCUUAUUGCCGUUCCAUUGCCCACCGAUUUGACGCUGCGAACAUGCUGGCCUUUACCCAUGGUUCCUACCGAUACUGAUGUUGAUUCGAGAUGGGGUCGACGUCGGUCUACAGCUAAGUUCGGAAAUAAUGUGCUCAGUUAUUACCAUAUGCUUCGUGGACUUGAGGGAUAUCAUAGGAUUCUCUGGAAAGUAGAUUUCCGGGCGUUUCGACGACUUGGUAUACCUCUCUGGGACAGGUGGCGAUUGUAUCAGAUGAGGCUUCAGCACCAAUCUCAAAGUGUGCUCUCGCCGGAGGGCAACUUGGUCGGUGGGGGGAAUCAGAUCGGAUCGAACGGCCGAAGUGGGUUAUAA